GCACCCCACUACCUAGCCAGUGUCUCCCGUAACAAUCACUUACUCCUUCACCCUUUUCUAUCGCGCCCAACCCCUCGCGUCCACAGUACGCAUACCUGAGCUGCUCAUUUCUUGUCUGACAGCGACAAGUCCACCCAAGUUACCGUUGCCAGGCCUAUGUUCCUCGGCCAGAACCUCUAGAGUUCGAGUCCGACAGUACUACGGGCCGCGGUGCUUAUGAUACCACCGGCGUACCGGUCGAAUCCCAUACACUAUCCAAGACAUCGCUUUAACCGUUUAGCACACCCGUCUUGGUUCCCGAGUUGCUGAAAGCCUUGCAAUGUCGUGCAUGGCUUACACGAGCGUUACGUAUUCCUAUCGUGAUCAGAUCUCGGCUUGCUAUCGUUCCUGUGGCAGCGAUGCCAAGGACAAAGACAAAGUGCAGUAUGCAAGCGCUGACUUUUCAAUCAAGUGCAUGUUACCGGCUUGUCUGGACGUAGGGCAUGUUGAAACAGCGUUAACAUUCACGCAAGCAGACCACAUGACCAGCUACUGGAUCCAUUGUCGCGUAACAAAACAUCUAUUUUCAUUGGAUGGAUGUUGCGGUGGUGGAGGUAUAGUAUCGCAUUUACUGUGACAUGUGUGCAACAAUCUCACUAAACAUGUAUUGCUAGCGAUAGAUUCAACGGCAAGUUUAGCUGCAAAAGCAUUAUCAACUAAACAUCUCAUUAAGAUACACAGCAUUUAGUUCCGAGCUUCAAACUUGUCCCUUUCUUCAUCCGGCAUUGUCAGCGUUUCGUUAGCUUUGGCGGACAUCCUGUACUUAGCCCAGGUGAUCAGCAUCUUGACUACGUAGUAGCUAAAUCGUAACAAGAGCCAAUAGAAUAAUCAGCUAAAACGGCGGCAGGGAACAGACGGUGCAGCUCAGAUCAUGCGACCUAAAGAGAGCUGCGACAAGGUCCUGAGUCAAUUACUACUACUACUACUACUACU